AUGUACGGUCGUGCAGUAGUAGUACUACUGACAAAUUUUGGCAUUGUCGCAUUUGCAAAACAUGAUUUACCUCUGGAUUUCAAUGAUAUAGUUGUUUAUGCCAAACCUGGUGAUGCGAUGCAAUUAAGUAAACUUACUGCGGAUGAAAAUGAAGAUCUGAAAAUUAACUGCGGUAGAACGCGUCGGCAAUGGCUUUCAACACCUUAUAAGAUUUCGGCUGGAUCAGCUGCAAAAUUGGGUCAAUUUCCAUGGGCUGUAGCAUUAACUACUAUAAGUCAAAAACGAUACAAUUAUUGCGGUGGAUCGAUCAUCUCAAAACGACACAUCCUUACCGCAGCACAUUGUUUCAUGAAAUAUGAAAAUGAUCAAUUACCAUGCACAACGGCUACAAAUUUGGAUGAUAUCACUGAAGUCAUAGUACGAUAUGGUGGGAUAUGUUUGCGAAGUGACUCACCACCAUGUGAUGGAAAGUUGUGCAUGACAGCAAGAAUUAAUAAAAUUGCAAUUCAUAGGCGUUUUAUGGAUGAUGGUUGUAUAGGGGGAUUUGAUUUUGCAAUCAUUGAAAUGGAAAGUGAUUUGAUGUUUGGUACUACUACCUCAGCAAUAUGCUUACCAAAUUCAUCACUUGAUCUUAACUCUGCCGAAAAUCUCUUUGAUUAUGGAUUUGGUGAUAAUGAAAAUGGAGAAAGCAUGUCGCGAUUGAAUUAUGGUAGUGCAAAAAUAAUCAGCGUUGGAGAAAAGACGGAUUUCAUUCGAGCUGGACCAAUUCAUAAGCCAAAAAAUAAAACCAUUUAUCAGGGCAUUUGUGUUGGUGAUAGUGGAGGAGGAUUACAGGGAUUUGUUAAACAACGCGUUUUUCUCCUUGGUGUACAUUCAUUUGGUCCAAAAACUUGUUAUAGUGGGUCACCGUUUACGGUAACCGAUACUCGACCUUAUGCACAGUUAAUGUGUGAUCUAACAGGGAUAUGUUAUCAUUUAUCACCAUUGAAAUGA